AAAAUUUACAAACAAACAAACUCUGUAAUUGCACAGUGUAUCGAAUUUGUGCCAUUGGGCCAGCAUAGCAGAUCUACCUCCGUCACCGACCAACCUACAAUCUCUACCCUCCGAUUUCCCUCUCCGGUCCAAUCGAUCAAGGCUAUAGGAAUUUUGGGGGCUAGGGUUUACAAUUUUCUCGACCCACUUCAAGAUUUGAGUGUAUUGUUCAAUUUGCAGUUGCAAGAAUAUCAAGAAAACAAGCCAAGAAUAGCACUAGUAGGGCCUGAAAGUGGAAACAUUGUUCUUGAGACUUGGCCCAGAAAAAAAGGAAGUUGUUUGGUGGGUGAAAUUGUGUUCUUGAGACUCUGAGGAGCAAAUGGCACCUAUAUACUAUAUAUUUGUCGCAUUACCUUGCACAAUCGGGGCCAUUGCUUUAGCACUUCUUCACAUUUACAGGCACCUAUUGAAUUAUACUGAACCCACUUAUCAGAGAUACAUUGUUCGCAUAAUUUUUAUGGUUCCUGUUUAUGCAUUGAUGUCUUUCUUGUCACUUGUCCUAAAUGAGAGCUCAAUCUAUUUUAAUUCUAUUAGGGAAAUCUAUGAAGCGUGGGUCAUUUAUAAUUUCCUGUCAUUAUGCCUGGCAUGGGUGGGUGGCCCAGGUGCAGUUGUGCUAAGUUUAAGUGGUCGAGUUCUGAAGCCAAACUGGUGUCUGAUGACGUGUUGUUUUCCUCCCAUUCCAUUGGAUGGGCGUUUCAUACGGAGAUGCAAGCAAGGUUGUUUGCAGUUUGUGAUACUCAAGCCGAUUUUAGUUGCAGUCACAUUAUUACUUUAUGCGAAAGGGAAAUAUCAUGAUGGAAAUUUUAGUCCAGACCAGUCAUUCCUUUAUCUCACCAUCAUCUACACUGUAUCGUACUCAAUGGCACUCUAUUCAUUGGCCUUGUUUUAUGUAGCGUGCAGAGAUUUGCUUCAGCCAUUCAAUCCAGUUCCAAAGUUCAUCAUAAUCAAAUCUGUUGUUUUCCUCACCUAUUGGCAGGGUGUUCUCGUAUUUCUUGCUGCAAAGUCUGGAUUUAUAAAAAAUGCAGAGGAUGCUGCUGAAUUCCAGAAUUUCAUAGUUUGUGUCGAGAUGCUUAUUGCAGCUGUUGGCCAUCUGUUUGCAUUUCCGUACAAGGAGUAUGCUGGUGCCAAUAUUGGUGCCCCUCGUGGCUUCUCAGCGAGCCUCGCACAUGCUUUGAAGUUGAAUGACUUUUACCAUGACACGGUCCACCAGUUUGCACCGACAUACCAUGAUUACGUGCUCUACAACCAUAGCGAGGGUGAGGAGGGACCAAAGAAGUAUCGGUCACGGACCUUUGUUCCAACUGGUCCGGAGAUGGAUACUGUUAGAAAGAACAAACACAUGCUUGGGAACAAGUUGGACGAUGUACAGCUCGCUAGUCUCUCUUCCUCCGGCAGUAGUAGUCCCCAGAAUCCUGGCACAACAGAGGAUACUAAAAAUCUCGAGGCAAUAAACUCUUCGUUGCUCAUGGAUGUCUCGAAUUCGCCCACUGUGCCCUAUGACCUAUCGCUCAUUGACAUAGACGUGUCUGAUUACUCUGCAAGUGUUCCUGCAGUUAACGAACCUGGAAAUAGGUGACGAUGAUUGAAAUGUGGCCAGAAAUCCAAAGAGCAAGUUUCAAUAUGUAAUUUUUCGGAUUUGAAGAAAACAUAGUUUUUCUGGUUGUUUGGUGGUGUUGGUUUUUUUUGUGCAUGACGAAGCCUUCGGUGACAUUAGGUUCUGUACAUGUAGGCAAAUAUAAUUUCCUUCCUCUUUUACGGUUCUUAUCGGUUAGUUUCUUCUUUUAUUUUUUGUUUGCAAUUUGUAUUGUAGAUACAGGUUUUAGCUCAAUUCUGGUGAUUGUCCAGAUUGAACUUGAUCAUGAAAUUACAUGUGAAAAUAAGGGUCUGAGUGCAUUUUCUUUUUUA